AUGCAGCUCCGUCGCAUCGUGGCCGACAUCCGCCAGGUCGACCCUGUAGCCUACGAUUUCACCUAUACCGACACCGAUGGUCUGGGUGAAGAAAUCGAUGAGUGGUUCGUCUACAUGAUGUGGCAGUGGAUCCGCCUCAAUGGCAUUCAAAAGACAUUCGAGUGGCAGUGGCAAGAGGAAAACGGCGGCGGGCCCCGGGCUGCGGACGUCCGGUGGGAAGAUGUGAGCGAGCGGAAGCGGACCGGCUUCGUGCGCGCCGCCGUUGAGGCGCUGGCUGCCGCGGGCGACGCAGACGACGAUGUAUCGGAUCGCCUGACGCAUAUUGGCAAGAUUGCCUACGUCGUGCUCGGCCGCUGGGGGAUACAGCCGGACGACACACAGACUCCAGGCCACACGGAGCUUCAAAUGGCUCAAGAAGAGCUUCUUAACCUGAUGACCAUCAUGUACAUGGCCAUGCAACUAGCAAUCAGCCGAUCGGGCGAGCUUCAGGAAACCAGGAAGCAGCUCCGCGCGCUAAGCCCGAGCCUCCCUAACUUCAUGCUCCUUGCGACUUCGAGGCUUAGAUGGGAUGACGCCGGAUUUUUGCCGCAGCCUCAGAUGUUUCUUCUACUUUGGAAGUCCCUCCUGCUCAUUUUUGGUGGCACCGAGGAGCUCGUGGCGGCCAAGAGGGAAACGCGCGAGACCCCGGAGGAUGGUAAGGAAAAGGACAUUAUUACGGCGUCCCCCUUGACUACCACGCUAUCCGUCAAGUCACCAGAGCAGUGGGGCCUCCAUCCUCCACCAACCCGUACAUAUCGCAACGCCUGUGCCAUCCCCACCGCCCUCGCCCGCGGCGGGCGGCAAGGGCGGCAAAAAGCAAAACUACCAGACGAACCAAAACUUCCCUUCCUCUACCCGCCCCUGGACUCAACAAGCAAUACGGCCGGUGGUAAGGACCCCGCGGGCAUCCAGAGCCUGCUUCUCCACCGCAAGUGGGAGGGCAGCGACAUCCCCGCGUCGAUCCUCGAAGCUGGUGACAUCUUUUCCCGCCGUGUGAGAAUGACACGCGCCGCCCGCCAGCUCUGGGAUGAGCGCGAGGCCUUCAUCAAAUUCGACCGCGGCUGGGAGCCUGACCAAGAAGACGAUGACGACGAUGACGACGACGACGAUAUCGAGGAGCUAUUUUUGGAUGAGCUGAGCGAGGAGGAGCGGAAGGAGAUUGAGGCUCUAAGGAAAGGCUACAGGGAGAAGCCGCCACCGCCAGAUCGCUUGGUCGAUCUAGGACCUAAGAAGAACGUAAGCAAGGAGGUAGAGAGGCAGCUAAACGCGGUUGAGGAUUUCUAUCGCGAGAGUCUACCCAACUUGCAAUCACUCGUCAUCGUUCUCCUCAAAGCAAUUCUGGUUAAUAUCACAGCAGUCAUAGUGCAGGGUCCGGCGAACCAGCAGCACCCUGGCAUGGCCAACCGAGGUCCCAACGGCCAUAUUAACGGCGUAGGGCAGGCGCAGGGCCCCGGCUCUAACGGGUCCCCUGCGCCGGCGCUGUCGAUCGAAGAUAUUGACGCCGCCCGAACGCGGGAGAUUACUGCCAAGGCGGCAACGGGAAUUCUCUUGCUUACCCUAAAGUGGUUCAAAGUUUCUCAUGUCCUCAAGUUUGAGUACCUCACGCAACUCCUUUUGGAUUCUAACUACAUCCCUCUCGUGCUCAAACUUUUGCACAUCAGGAUAUCCAACAAGUUGUGGAUAGUAAGACAGACCGGGUUGAGCAUAGCUUCUUCCGAUUCUGUAAUCUACGCUCGAGGCUAA